AUGGCACACAGCGCGUACAGCCCAUCUCCGUCUCCCAGUCUCGAGUCUUCUCAAUCAUCGGAUUCGUCUGGCAUCGAGGACUUGGGCCCUUAUGUAGAACCGUCAGAUGUCGCUAUGUCUAUCUCUCGCCCAGGAUCACCCGAAGGCCAGGCGCCGGAUAUCCAGCCUGGGGCCGACACCAUGGCUUGCAGAUGGGAGGACUGUGGUAGGGUGUACAGCCACCUCCCCACUCUGAUCACUCACAUCCAUAAUGAUCAUAUUGGUGUACACAAAUCGAACUACACAUGCGAGUGGACUACAUGUUCGCGUCGCGGUAUCGCGCAGACCUCUCGAUUCGCUUUGAUAUCGCAUAUUCGUUCCCAUACUGGGGAGAAGCCUUUUACCUGUCCAAGACCUGAAUGCGAUAAAUCGUUUACGCGUUCCGACGCGCUCGCAAAGCACAUGCGUAUCCAGCACAACAUUUCGCCACCGCUCCCCGGUCGCGGAGGUAAUCGCAAGCGAAAACGUGAAGAGAACGAGGCAGCGCACGUCGGCGGCUCGGAGCCUUCGUACGGCUACAAUAUGUUCAAGGUAGAGCCCAACAACCAUACAGAUGGGCACCCAGAUUUCGACGACGGCCGCAUAUCUCCGCUUGACGCACCCGUUGAGCACGCAUCUACACCCUUACCUCGUUCAAUCUCCCCGGACUACGGAGACGAUGACGACGACGAAAUUCCGCCACAACUGUUGGCUGUCAUGGACCCUGCCACACAUCUCAUCAUGGGCCGCACGCCCGCGAUGGUGCGAUAUAUCCUUAUGAAGGCGAAGCACCGAUGGGUGCUCGAGCAGCACGAGGCGCUCGUGGAAGAACUACGUACUGUAAGGUACGAGGAGAAAUGCUGGAAGGAGCGCAAGGAAGCGCUUUUGGACGAGCUCCUGCGGAUACAUUUUGGGCCUCAAGCAGAAGAGCUCACUAAUCCGAUGGUGAUUGCCACUCAGAAUCAGUACGACCAUGUACCUGUGCCAGACCCGGAGGGCGACGAUGGCCAGCAAACGACGAGUAUGCAGUGA